AUGACCUCAAACCCCGCCAGUGUAGCCACUCAAUAUAAAGCCAUUGUUGACGAGCUUGGAGAUAUGGGUGUCUUUCUGUCGUACGACAAUCUCCUCCCUCUUGUACUUCACAAUUCCAUUCCUCAGGGCUCUACUCUCCGUCUGGAAUUCGACAGGAGAAUUGAUGCAGAGUUUGCGUUAAACGGUUGCCAAGUCAUCUCUUUUGAGAAAACUUGGCACAUCCUGAGCGAAGCUAUCUGCCAGGUCCGUGUGGUCGACUCCCUGGACAAUCUUCAUGGACUGCCUCAUGUCAUGGCGGCUGAACAGGACACCACUCCUCGUGAAGAACGCUCCCCUUCUAUUGUCAGUCACCCCGACAAUGUCUAUGCCAUGGCCAGUGCUCCCCAGCACAACCGUCAAAUCUUUUUCCAGUGCCGGUCCCCCAAUCAUCUGAUCGGUCAAUGUACCGCUCCCGACCCGGCACGACAGUCCACAGCUCAACCGCCACGUGGACAACCUCCCACUGGACAUUUCCCUCCUGGAUUCCAGGCGUACUAUCCAAUCAUCGCCCCUUCCGGUGCAGUUCCGAUGUACUAUCCUCCUUGCCCGAACCAGUUGAACCCCAACUCCAUCCCCGUUCAACGUGGCCGCAUGGAUUCCUACCGCCCUCAAUAUGGUCAGCCUCCCAACCGCCCAACCGCCCAACCGCCCGAGCAGCGGAGGUUGCUACUUCCCCGGCCGACCCUUCCUUCAACAACCUUGAAUGCUCCGCAAACCCUGCGGGCAACUCCAACCCUCAGGCUUCACUGUUUGACACUGGUGCCUCCCACCAUCUGA